AUGGAUAUCGACGAAAAAUUAGCAAAUAAUAAUGGAAUACUACAAUAUGAAAAUGAAAUUAUUUUACAGUCAUAUCAUGAGGAUGGAUUACUUAUAUUAGCCAGAGGUCUAGGUUUAGAACGCAUAUUUUGUGAAAUGAUGAAAUUAUAUUGUGCUGAACAUAAUCUUAUAUUUAUAAUGGGUUGUACUGAUGUUGAACAAACAUAUUUUAUUGAACAAUUAAUUAAUGAUGGUAUUGAUCCACCACCACGUAUUGUAACAGCAGAUAUAUCAAUACAUGAUCGAAAAGAACUUUAUCUUCAUGGUGGACUUUUUUUUGUUACUGCACGUAUUUUAACUGUUGAUUUAUUAACUGAUCGUAUUCCAAUUGAUUUAAUAUCUGGUUUAUUAAUCUAUCGUGCUCAUCGAAUAACAGAUUCAUCACCUGAAUCAUUUAUAACUCGUUUAUAUCGUGAUAAAAAUAAAACUGGUUUUAUAAAAGGUUUUAGUGAUUCAGCAUUAGAUUUUUCACGUGGUUAUAAUCAAUUAGAAUGUGUGAUGAAAAAUUUAUUUCUUCGUCAUGUUUAUCUCUAUCCAAGAUUUCAAGUAACAAUUCGUUCAACAUUUGAACAUUGUUCACCAGAUGUUAUUGAAUUACAAGUACCAUUAACAGUACUAAUGAUGGAUAUACAAAUAUCAUUAACAGAAUUAAUCAAUGCAUGUUUACAAGAACUUCGUUCAUCAACAACAUGGCUUGAUAAUGAUAUAUUAACUGUUGAUCAAGCAAUAUUAAAUUCAUUUGAACGUUUAAUACGUUUACAAUUACAACCAAUAUGGAAUCAAAUAAGUAUACGAACAAAACAAUUAUUAAAUGAUAUAAAAACUCUAAGAUUAUUCGUACUCUAUUUAACACAAUAUGAUUGUGUGACAUUUUAUAAUGCUGUUCAAGCUGUUUUUAUUAACGAAAAAUUAUAUGGUUCACGUGGUAAAACUAUGAAUUCAUCUCAAGGAUUAACUGGUAGUUGGUUAUAUUUACCAGCUGCUGAAAGAUUAUUAAUGGCAUCGAAAUCUCGAGUUUUUGGUGAAACAACCAAACGACAAUUUCAACAAACAAAUGAUAAUGAACAACCCCCAGCUAAACUUGAAGAAAAUCCUAAAUUAAAACUUGUCUCGGAUGUACUUCAAGAAAUUCGCGAGAAUGAAGAUAAUAAAACUUUAGGACCACCAGUGACAUUAAUUGUUUGUGCAGAAGAUCGAGCAUGUUCACAAUUGAAACAAUAUCUUUUACUAGGUGGAAGAGUUAUGCUUGAACGUUUAUUAGAACAAACUCUUAAUCCACCAACAGCAGCAAAUGAAACAACGAAAGUACCUGAAACAAAAAAAACAACCGGAAAAAAAGCACAAACAGUAAAUGAAGAAACAACAAAUGAAAAUUCGAGUACAGAUGAUAAUAAACUUGACAUCGAAGGGAUUGAAGGAGGUUACGUAAUUGAAGAUGAUGAUGGAUCGACAUGUCCAUCAACAACAAUUCUUUAUCCAUUUAGUGGAAAUAUUGAUAAUCAUUUUAUUCUUGGAAAAAUUUUAAUUAAAUAUCGUCCACGCUUUAUUAUAUUAUAUGAUGCAUCAUUAACAUUUGUUCGACAACUUGAAGUUUUUAAAGCAACAAAUCCUAACCAUCCAUUACGUAUUUAUUUUCUUCUAUAUGGAAAAUCAAUUGAAGAACAACGAUAUUUAUUAAGUGUAAAAAAAGAAAAAGAAGCGUUUGAAAAUCUUGUUCGAGAAAAAGCUUCUAUGGUAAUACCUGAAGAACGUGAAGGACGUGAUGAAUAUAAUCCAUUAUUAAGUCGUGAUCCAACACCAGCUAAUCAACAAGCAUAUGGAACUGGUGCAGUAUCUACCAUUGAUCAAAGUGAUACAAGACGUGGUGGUAUAAUACCAAUGACAACUAUUUCAAAUAUUCGUCCAAAAAUUAUUGUUGAUAUGCGUGAAUUUCGCAGUGAACUGCCAUCAUUAAUUUGGAAACGUGGUAUUGAUAUUGAACCAGUAACACUUGAAGUUGGAGAUUAUAUUUUAACACCUGAUGUAUGUGUUGAAAGAAAAAGUGUUUCAGAUUUAAUUGGUUCACUAAAUAAUGGUCGAUUAUAUCAACAAGCAUUACAAAUGACAAGAUUUUAUAAAAAACCAAUGUUACUUAUUGAAUUUGAUCAAAAACAAGCAUUUCAUCUUGCAAAUAAACAACGAUAUAAUUCAUCAUCAGAAUUUAGUGCACAUGAUAUAACCUCGAAACUAGCUUUAUUGACAAUGCAUUUUCCAAAAUUAAAAAUUCUAUGGUGUCCAUCACCUCAUGCCAGUGCCGAAUUAUUCGAAGAUCUUAAAAGAGAUCGAGAAGAACCAGAUUCAAAAAAUGCGAUGUUAGUAACAGCUGAAUCUGAAUUACUCGAUGAAGAUGAACGAUAUAAUUCAGUUGUACAGGAUCUUUUAAUUCGUAUGCCUGGUGUUACAUUUAAAAAUUAUAAAUUAAUUAUGAAUAAAGUUGAAAAUUUACGUGAAUUAAGUCAAUUAAAAGAAGAUGAAUUAGUUACAAUUAUGGGUAAUUCUAAACAGGCAUCAUUACUCUAUAAUUUUAUUCAUAAACAAAAAGGUGAUCUUGUUCUUGAUAUUAAAUCAAAGACAACAUCAAACAAUACUUGGAAAAAACGUCGAUAA